AUGAAGUCCAGUGCCACUCUUGUCGGUUUUCUUCUUCUUCUCACGGGUUUGUGUCAAGCGGCUCUCAAAAUCACAACAAAAGUAGAAGUGACUGCGCAAGAGGAGAAAUUUCGAGAUAAUGAAGGUUAUGAGGCGAUUCGCGAAAUCCAUCGAGAAAUGGACGAUGAUCAUUCCGGAUCCAUCGAUAGGAAUGAGUCCACUGGGUUUCUCAAAGAAGAUAUGCACAUGCGCGGUUCGGAGAGAACAAGAAGAGAGAACAAAUUUCACGGAGACGAUGAUUCGAUAACCGUUGAUGAUUUGUGGGAAGCAUGGUUCGAGAGUACUGAACGAUCAUGGACAAACGAACGGUUAGUCGAAUGGCUUACUGUCGAUGUCAGUCUACCAACAAUCGCUGAAGUCGUAAAACGCAAAAAUCUCGAUGGAAAGGUUCUUCCCCGCUUUGCCACCCAGAAUCCAGAAUUCUUAUCGAAAGAACUUGGUAUCAAAUCUUCAGUUUAUCGACAAAAACUUCGACUAAACUCGUUGGAUUUGGUUUUAUUCGGUUAUCGCGACAAUAACAACAAGCUCAAAGAUGGUCUCCUUGCAUUUUUGGCUCUUUUGUUAACAUCGCUUCUAUAUUUGUACAUAAGACAAAGGCAAAAAGCUCACCAGAAGGUUCUCGAGCUGUCCACAAGACUCUCCGAGUUGAAGACGAUGGAAUCGGAAUUUGAAGACGUGCAGAAAAUGCUGAAUGAUGAGAGGAGCAAAAGAUCAACAGCUGAUGGAGGAGUCAGUCAGACGGAAGUCGAGUCUCUGAGGUAUCAGCUGGAAGAAGCUGAAAGAAGACUUGAAGCAAACAGCAACGGAGCUGGAACACCGUUGGCUCUUCAGCCUUUGUUGCGGAGGACAUGUGAGAAUGAAAUGACAUAUUUGGAAAAACAACGGCAAGAAUGCUUCAAAGAAAUGAAAGAAGCUAUCGAAAUGGUUGAUCGGCUACAAAAGAAACAAGGAAGUGUUUUGUCUUCUUUGAAACUUGCCACUGGCGCUUCUUCCACAAGUGAUCAAGUGGAUUCGAGGAUUUUCGCUUUAAAGAAUCGGAUGGAGAAGAUUCACGCUUUAACAAGAGAAACUCAAGAAAGAUGGAUGCAGAUUGAAUCGCUUUGCGGAUUUCCGAUAUUAUAUCUUAAUGAAAGCGAGCACCUCAACCAUUCUGCUUCAUCGUCUUCGCACUUUUACAAUAAUCAUUCAGAAGGGUCUACGACGUCUUCAUCCAGCGCAAAUAUGAAUCGACCGAAAUUCUCUACUGUGAGCAAGGCGAACUCAACGAAUAUUCCACUAAUUCAACAGAAAAUGAAUGGUGUCCAUAAGCAUCAUCAUGGAUCGCGAGAUUCGCUGUUGACCGAGAAGAUGCCGGAACCAUCGUCGCAGAAAAAUGAUGCGCUGAUUUCUUUUCAGCCGACAGAAAUAACAAAAUCUAUUCAAGAUGAUGCUCAAUCGAUCGAAACCGUGUCUUCGGUAGUCACAACGUCAUCAGAAGCAAAGAAAAAACGCUCAGUAUUAUCGAAAAUGUUCCGCAAAACUGCCUCAAAAGGAAGUGUUGCGAGUUCAUAG